AUCUUAAUUAAUGCUAAUCGUACCAAUCCUAAUCUUAACAAUCUUAAUCUUUUCAGGAAAUUAUAAAUAUGGCAUUAUCACAUCCAGUUAAAGUUGUACUUAAAAGCACUACUACAUUGACAUUGAGUGAACGAUUCACUGAGAUGAUGCGAAACAAAUCUCCUGCAAAGAAACGAAAUCCUAGGGAAGAAAUGAACUCAAAUGCUCGUGCUAGUGCAAAAAAUCGUAGACUUGCUGAGCAAAUGUCUCGCAGAAGCGGUGGAAAGGCUAUGAUGGAUACUAUUAACAAAGAAAGUGUUAAAAACAGAAUAGACAGAUCCCAAGUUAAAUUAAACGUCCGAGAUCGCUUAGGAAGCCCUGGAAGACGAGGUGGAAGUGUUCAAAAUAGAUUAGGUCGUGGUAGAGGAGGAACUAUGAGAGGAGGACGUGGUAGGGGAAGCUCCAGAGGCAUUAAUAGAGGAGGACAGAACUUUAGAUCGCCACGUAGUAAUAGAGGAAAUUUUGGCACGAGAGAUUCAUUUCGUGGAAGUAAUACAAAUAGAAGUAGAGGUGGCCGUGGAGGUGGAGGUGGACAGAGAGGGUUCCGCGGGGGUGGACAGAGAGGGCGUGGUCGAGGCCAACGUGGUCGAGGUGGCAGAGAACGAAGACCAGUGGAUCAAACUAAUUUAGAUAAAGAAUUGGAAACAUACAUGUCUGGUGCGAAAACAUGAAUCAAAGAUUUUGACAAAUUCUUUCAUUUAAGAUCUAACACUAUUUAUUGUGUUUAUAAAUGCGUUGGGACAUCUCAUAUAAAUGUCUCCAACUGCAGUUUAAACCGCGAUUUGCUUUUUUAAUAAUACCAGCCUUUUAGAAUUAUAGCAUUUUUAUUGGCCGCUUUCAAGUAAUAUAUCUUACAAGCUUUGAGGUUUUAUUUUCAUCUUUCUUUCGAUGUAAAUGUUAUUUUUACCAUGUAUUUUUUAUUGAAAAGUAAUUUAAAGACAAAAGCCAGUGCGACGGCUAUGUUAUUAUAAUGGCAAAAAGCUGGGGUUUUUCUUCUCAAAGAGCUAGCCUCUCUAUUUUUCAAACCACACUGAAACCCUGGACACACUGAAACCCUGGACAUUAAAUUACUUUACGGACAGAAACUUUCGUGGCAGAAGCUUUUGCGUAUCAAAAAAAACUUUCCCGUUUCGCUGUUUUUGGAACAAAUUUAGCUGGGGUUAUUUUCGCGUAAAAAACUUUCGCGAAUAUGAAAAAAUUAUUUUUUAAAAAACUUUUAUAAUUUUUCUUACUUUAAAGUGAAAAAAUAGAAAUUCAACUUUCCACUCAGAAUCAGUUUCGUCAUCGGUUUCUCCAUCUUUACCAAAGCUGUUGAAUUUUGCUACCACAUAACAAUACACCUUUCCCGAGACUUAUUCUUUUGAUGUGCCGCAACUUUUUCUGUUGAGUUUUAUGAAAAACGGACAACAGAUUUGAAUUCCUUAUCAAAAAUGUCAUAAACGAAGAAAAUUUCGAAACAAUGCAGCAAGUAAACAACCUGUUAUUCUAAUUUAAGAUUGGUGGUAUGUCCAACCUCUUUUUAAAAACGAGGCGAGACAUGGUAACUUGAGCAUUAAGAAGACUUUAACUGUGAUAUAUAUCUCCUCAAAAUAGCACUUUCUGUUGGCGUAUCAAGUUAAACUUUUACACGUAAAUUAAACAAACUAUGCUGAAUUCAAAUAUGUUAUUCAUAUUUUACAAGUUUAAAAAAAGUAUGACUCAUGGCCCCGGGAAAGGUGUAUUCAAAUUCUUCUAUCGUGACAUCACAAACGGCUAGUAGAUGACUAUUAUCAUCCACUUGCCUGUCAUCAUCACCCAAAAUUGAAUUCUUAACCAGUUUCGAUGCAAAAUAGGAAAAGGAAGAAAGCUGUGACAAGUACUGGAGGAAAUAACGAUAUUAGAGAAAUGUUUAGUAUGGCAAAGCGAAAGAAAGAGACAAAAGUUGUAAUAGAUUGAUAUACUGAAAAUUGGAAAAGAUUGUAUACGUAUUAAUAACAUCCA